AGGACCGGCUCUGAAAGAAACAGGUGAAAUUGUACUAGAGAGGGAGUGGAACUGGAGCCGUUCUCUAUCCCAGGUAAAUAAAACAAUCCUCAGUGAGACACUGUGGGAAAGGCUGCCGUCCAAGAACACAUGGCUUUACAGCUCGUUAAUGGUUAUUGUUGCUUGCUUUGAAAAAGAAAAAUACACUGAAGUGAAAACGUUCCAGAGGAUGGUAUUUGUUCUAGUGUCUCAUGAAGGAAAGGAUAUAUUGCUUUAUUUCUGUCCCGUGGGCUGGGAGAACCGGGAGGUGGAGAAAUGGUAAAUAUGUCUGUAUAUAAAAGAUUUUCUGGAAUCUGCCUCUUCAAAGUUUCUUUUCGGAUUGUUGUACGGAAGGAAUGGUGCUUUGCAGAAAAGAUGAUGUUCUGUUGUUAUCGCUGGAGUGGAGCGGCAGAGCUGGCAGUCAACUGGUGUUGAACGUGGAUGGUGAAACAAGCGCGGUAAAGGAUGGAGGGGAAAGGAGGUGACAGCUUUGGAGAGAGUAUCCGUUGCUCCGGGGGAGAUUCCGUGGACCUAGGCUUCAAGAACUCUGCUCAGAAACACAGUUCAAAACAUAGGUACUGUAGCGGUGUCCCUAAAGCAGCUGUUUCGCAAAGGUUUUCCUUCCAUCCCUGGGUGUUCCGAGGCUUGCAGGGGGAGCGUGAAGGCGAGGAGACAGGCGGCACGGAGCAUGAGCGUGGCUUGGGGACAAGAGGUCGCAGUAGGUGGUGAGGGUGGGAGAUGAAAGCACGAGGGGCAGCAGUGAUCAGCCUUGGGAGGAGAUGGAGUUAGAACUGGGAUGUCCCUGGUUUUCCUCUAAAUCCUGCCUCCAUGUGGUUACCAGCUUCUAAGCAUGUGUUCCUCAUGCUUGCAAGAAGCAAAGUGUGCAAUUUUGUGGUAAAAAAACUUAACUCUACCAGCUCUACCGCUGUCCGUUGUGUGCCUAUUUACCUGUUUUCCUUGAAAUAAAUUUGCUGGAAGGAAAGACAGUAACAGACAAGAACGUAGUUGAAGCCUCUCCAGAGGUGAGACUCUGCACUAAAACCACCGAGUGUUCAAGAAGGCACAGUGCUUUUGCAAUGACGUUGAUCACCUGAAAAUCAGGCGUGCUCAUAAAAGGAGGAAAAUAAACCCAGAAGAGCACAAGAAGAGCACGAGGAUGGGCUCAGCGGGGCAGGAGGGAGCACUGAGCGCUGAAGGAGUGUCCCGGUGCGUGGGGAGGAUGUGGUUACGGCGGGAGGAGCAGUCCAGGUUCGUCAGGAGUGCUGGCAUCUCACUAGUAACUCGUCAGGAGAAAAAUUAACAACUUGCGUGUGGCCGGGACUGACACUUGCGGAAGGUGGAGAGAGAACGGGGGUGGAGACCGUCAUCCGGAGAUGUGGGAAGUGCCCAUCGGGAGACAUGCAAGUAGGGAAGGAGAAGAUGGGGGAACGUCCUGCACACGCGUUGUGUGCUCUGAGAAACGCCUGUCUUGCUCUUCCAGCAUGUGUCGGAGGUGACCAUUGGGCCCUGUGAGUGAUGGGGCUUCCGUUGUCCGUCUUUGGAGUCUUGCAGAAAGACACAGGGUGGGCUGGCAAAGGGGAGACUAUAAAAACAUGGGUGUGUUGAACGUGCCCUUGCAGGAGCGUUGGGACCAGGGGUGGGAGAAGUGCAGCAAACGCUGUCUUUGGAGGAUUCUGGACUUCCGCGAUGGCGAAGGAGAGAAACAAUCUCAACUUCUGGAGGAGGAGACUGGGAGAUCCCCUGUCUGGGACCCUGCAGGAGUCUCGAGGGGCUGCGCCGUUCGACUCGCAGCCGUGGGCUUCCUGCAGGAUGUCCCCUCCUUCUUCAGGAGGGUGGCAAAGCCCAGGUUGGGGACACUUUUAAAGCUCAAACUAAGCCCCAGCCACCCCGCUCCAGUGCCAUGGUGGUCCCGCUGUGAGCGGGAGGUGGAACUGAGACCUCCAGAGCUCCCAUCCCACCAAUGCCUCUGGUGCUGGCAGCGUUCGGGCACCAGAACUCCUCUUUUGGGGAUGCCGGCUGCAGUACUGUGAGUAGGAAGCAACUUCUGCAGGUCCAGGGCCAUCUGGCACUUUCUGAGGAUCUCAGAUUCUGCUCAGUUGAAGGUCCUCACCUUCAAGAAGUGGUGUGUCUCUUCUCCAUGUCUUGGUCUUUUUUUUCUCUACUAUCCUCUUGCCUUCAGCUGGUGCGGCAGCUCUGCAGGACCAAGCCUACUUUGUCCCUUGCGGUUUCUCCGUCUCCGCGCCUCCCCCGUGCUUUACCUCGGGUGACAGCCCUUCAUCUCCAGCACCUUCACUUGGGGCUUGGGAGAAAACCAGAAAAACCGUCAGCCCGCUUUUGCUUAAUUUUUGGUGCCAGCGGGAGCCUUUUGGUAGAUCCUUUGUGCUGUGGACUUGGAGAAUGGGCGGAGGCCCCGGUGCCGGCAGAGACCGUCCGCCGCUGGCUGCGGGCGGAGGGCGCCGACCCCGCCGCCCCGGCCGAGGAGCAGCUGGGCCUGGCCUGGCGGCUGCUGCGACGCGCCGAGGCCCGGCUGGGCGAGCUGGAGCGGCGGAGGGCCGAGGAGAUGAGAGACGUGGAAAGCUACGUGGGCCACGUCCGCAACCUGACGGAGGAACGGGACGCGCUCACCACCGAAUAUGAAAAAGAAAACGACCAGCUCAGGCUUGAGCUGAGGCGGCUGCAGCUGCAGCAGGAAGCCCAGCUGAAGGAGGUGGAGGAGAUGCUGGAACAGGAAGGCUUGUCCGAAAUAGCUCACAGUCAUGCCAGCGAACAGAUUGCUUAUUUACUGGUAGAAAGAACGACGCUGCUGGAGAAACUGGAGAUCGCGGAUCAGAAGUUGAAUUCACGCGGCUGCAUAGACAGGCUGCGUGCGGCACAGCUUCAGGAUGAGUUUCACCACGUUCAUCAGACGUUAGAAGAUGAACUCCGACAGCAGCACGGAUCCACGCAGCUUACUGGAGAGGCAAUGAAUCAGUUCUACAGGGAAGAGCUGGAGAGGGAACAAGCAUCACGUGCAAGAGUUGAACAAGACCUGGAUGAGGCCACGCAGAGGCUGCUGAUGGCCCGGGAGGAGAUCCGGAGGUUGGCGGCUGAGCUGGAUGCACAAAGAAAGGAGCAGAGCAAAACAGGAUCAGCCCCGUGCUCAGCCCUGCAAGCCCCUGAGAGCCGGGAAGAAGGGGAGAGCGAAUGGAGAGAGAGCGACAGGACUGAGCUACAGAAGGCCAUGGAGCACAACAGCAGACUGGACAAGGAAAUUCUGGCGCUGCGAGCUCGGGUCCAAAUGCUCGACUUGGAGAGAAAGGCGUUCCUCGAUCUGGUUGAACAGCUCAAAGAGGAGAUCUGUGAGUAUCAGAAGAGCGAGAAGCAAGGAAUUCCAUUGCCUGCACCAGCCGAGACGGAAGAAGUCGCAGGGUGCUCGCUGCAGUGGCAGGGCACAAAGGAUGAAGGGAGGGUUGAAGGAGACCACGCUUCAGGCAAAGCUGGCUCGGAUCAAGAAGACAGAUAUCAGAGUGGUGAAACGCUUCAUAAAAGGUGCCGAGAGGUGAUUGAGAACAUCGAGGGCAGGAAUUCACAGCUCCUUCACAAGCUGCAGAAACUGGAGCAGGAGCACGAGGAUUUGGUUGAGCGCAACGAAGAGCUGGAAUCGAUUCUGGGAGAGACACAGAUCCAGACCCAGCAGGAGAAGGAACACUUUGAGAACGAGGUGGAGGGACUUCACCAGAAAAUCACAAGUUUAGAAACGGAGCUGCUGGAAGUGCAGAAGGACAAAGCUGGGAUGAGUGGGGAAGAGCAGGCGGCGUCUGGAGCACAAGAGAUGCAAGAGAUGCUGGAAACCUGUCAGGAAACAAUAGAAAAGUUGGGAAGUCAGCUGGGAGAGCGGAGAGAACGGAGAAAACAGCUUGCAUCUGAGCUCGAGCUGUUACGAGAAGAUCUGAAGGCUGAGAAGAAGGUGUUGGGCAGCCAGGUCUCUGAACAUCUACAGGAAAGAGAACAGAUUUACAAACUUGAGCAGGAACAUGAAGAUCUCUGUACAGAUGAAAAGACGUACGAAGAACAGAUGGCUAAAGUAGUAUUUUUGGAAGAACAGAUCAAAAACUUGAGAGAUGAACAAGAACUGCUCUGUUCUGAAUUACUAGAAAGCAACAAGAAGAGGGAGGAGCUGGAAAAGCAGCUAAAAGAGAGCGAUGAAGAGAAACGGUUGUUACUGGAAGAAAUUGCCCAGCUAAAACAAGAUAUCCUGACUGCCCGGGAGCGGGGCGAGCGCGCGCUUGACGACACUUUGAGGAUGAAUCAAAGCAUGGCGCAGAGCGAGAGCAGGUUUCUCGAGGCGCAGAGCUCUGCAGGCAGUUUAGAUGGGAGCGUUAAACAGAGUCCGUCCGAUGAGAGAUUCCAGCAGCAGGAGGAAAAAAUGCAGCAACUGCGGCAGGACUUGCGUCGCGUUCAGAACUUGUGCAGCUCAGCCGAGAGGGAGCUGAGAUACGAAAGGGAGAAGAACGUCGACUUACAAAAGCAAAACCUCUUGCUCCAGCAGGAAUGCACCAAGGUCAAAGCCGAGCUGAAGCAAGCCAGGGCAAAACUCAUGGACACGACCGAAACAUGCUCCUCCCUCUCAGCCCAGUGGGAGAAAAGCCAGCAGAAGGUCAAGGAACUGGAACAAGAGCUCUCGAAGUGCUCCCAGGCUGAUAAACUGCAGAGCAGUCUGCAAGAGAAGCUUGCGCAGGAGAAAUCCAAAGUAUGCGAAGCCCAAAAGAAGAUUUCAAAACUCCAGCAAAAGCUAAAAGAUUCCCAACACCAACUCCUGCUGGCGGAGGCCCGUGUUUCGGACAAGAAACUCCUGGAGGAGGAAUUGAAGGAGGCCCGAGAAAAUGAAGCUCGUGUCCAGCAAGAACUUCACGAGGAGCAGCUGAAAAGGAAGCUCCUGGAGCAGCAGGUGGAGGAGCUGCGGCAGCAGCUCCGGCAUUCGCGGGAGACGGAGGCGUCGCUGGCCAAGAUGCACGUGGAGCUGCAGGCCAAGACCCUGCACGUCCUCGAAGACGAGAGGAAAACUGACUCGAGCGAGCACCUCCAGUGUCAGAAGGAGAACCAGAAGCUUUCAGAGCAACUUUCACUGCUGAAGGAGGAAAACAAAGCCCUUUACGAGGAAGGAAUUCGUCUCCUGAACCAGAAGGAUCUGUACGUCAGGAAAUACAACGAAACGCAGCUCCGCCACAAGGACAAGAUCCGCAGAGCCAAGGAGACCUUCAUCCACGAGGUGAAGCAACGGGACAGCAGGAUCAAGCAGCUUGAAAACGAGCUCAGCGAGUCAAAGCUCCAAGUGGAAAAGGGCAAGGUGCUGAUCGCGCAGAUCACUGCCGAGAAUGAGAAAUUACUCCAGGAAAGACGACGGCUCCUCCAGAAGAUAACGGAGCAAGAGGAGACCCCUUGGAGCAACCGCUCCACGAUGGCCACCCUGCAGAGCAGAGGGAAGAUGCCGGACGAGGAGAACGUGCGGCUGCACGAGAGCAAACUCCAGCACUGCGGCCACGCGCCCGCCUCGCAGCGCGCGCCCAGGAGCCUGCAGGCUCCCAACACGGAGGACACGAAGAGCGUUAACUUCUCCGAACGCCAACUACAGAGUAAGGUGUUGCCAUCUCCCCGUGCCAGCUUCCCGUCCCGAGAACCACCGGACUCUCUCAGCACCCUGAAGGCCACGCAAGACACGAAGCCUGAAGGAGAAGCUGAAAGCCAAGACUCAUCCUUUUGCUUGUCGCCCUCUCAGCCUUCAGAGAUUGGGUACUUAAAUGUAGCUUCGCCUGGAGACACCACAGCGUCGCAGCUGCAGGAGGAGAGUCGGAGCAUCAGCUCUGAGAACUUCUAAAUGGGGAAAAAUAUUUGUAAAAAAUAUUAGCUGGACUGCAAGGUUUUGGGCUCCUGUUGCCAUGGGAUGACAAGGACUGCAGGGGAAGAACUGCCACGUUGACUGGUGAUUUCUGUGGUAUGUUUCCGCUAAAUUAUUCAGCAACUUUUUUUUCAACUUACUCAACUGUAAAUGAGUGUUUGUGUCAUCCCAGAUCCACCUGGGGGCCGCAAUUUGUAGAUAAACCCAGUAAAGUGGAAGAGGGGUGGGGUGAAGUGUGUCUUCACCUGAACCCUAAUUCAUUGUCUGGUCAAAAACUAGAAGUUUUGUAAAUAAAACUGAAAGAAGUUCCCUUCCGUGCUUCCUGAUC